CCGUUUCUCACCAUGCCUUCUCACAAGACUUUCAGGAUCAAGCGAUUUCUGGCCAAGAAGCAAAAGCAAAAUCGUCCCAUUCCCCAGUGGAUCUGGAUGAAAACUGGUCAUAAAAUCAGGUACAACUCCAAAAGGAGACAUUGGAGAAGAACCAAGCUGGGUCUGUAAGGAAUUGCACGUGAGAUAGCACACAUAUUUGUGCUGUAUCAAGGUCACUGUCAUCUUACCAUAACAAGCGGAAA